AUUGGUAUUUAAGGUAGUGGACACACCCUGUAAAGGAAACACACACCUCCUCGUCUCUAUGCUUGAGCUGCUGCUGAGUGUCCUGCAGGUCUCUCUGGGCUUUGUGCAGCUUCUCCUGGGUCUCCUGGAGCACCUUCUCCUGAGACACCAUCACAGUGUUCUUCACCUUGAUCUUCCCCACCAGGCCCCUCAGCUCUCCCUGCAACUUCUUGAUGAUGCCGUUGGCCUAGGAAGUAAACACGAGGUAGUGUCAAGACGGUACUUCACCCCCACGCUGAAUGUAUUUCUUCUCAAAGGGGAUGUGAUCAGCAUCAAGACAAAAUUGGUAUUAAUAUUUAGACUAAAAUAAGUGCAUGAGCAGACAAGGACUUGUGGAUUUUAACUUGACUGGAUUGAGACUGUGGCCAUGUAUUUUCAGACCAUGAUAUGCAUAACAAAAAGCCAUGAUUGGAAAUGUAAGUAACCAACCUUUAUGAGUUCCUCAGACAGGGAUUUCACUGUAGCCUCCAGUUUUCCUAUUUGGAGUUGUUUGCUUUCGGCAUUUCCUUCCACUGAGUUCUACACACAAAAAUGUCACUGUUUUUACAUAAUUCAUCAAUAUUAAUUUGAACAAAUAUCCUGGCUUUUCUGAUAGUAUGCUCUCCAUUUGCCCAGGGGACUGACUGCUUACCUUCUGUUGCUGAGUGGCUUCCAGCACUUCCUUGGUGCGGAGGACGAGCUGCUCCUUGUCUUUCAUCUCCUGCUCCAGGACUGCAACCCGCGUCUGCAGCUGGUUCACCUGACGCUCCCUCUCGUGACACUCCAUGUCCAGGGUGCCGUUCUCCCUCCGAAGAGACAGGGCCUGCUGCUUCGCUCGCUGAGACUCCUGUUCACACACACACUUGUCAGCAGGUUAUUUAGACAACAUUGGUGGUCAACAUGGUGGCAAGAUUUCCAUUUCUCUAUCAAAUCAGGAAUUCAAUAUGGAUGUCAAAAAAACAUGCAUGAUAUGAACCAACAGAUACUUAUCCUAGGAGUGUUUCAGACAAGUUUAAAAUGUCUUCACAAAAGUGGCAGUUUUUGUGACAUUUCCCCCACUAAAGGAAGGCCCCUUGCUCCCCCACCCCCACCUCUUCCAGUCCCAUUAGUUUGGCUUUGAUGUCGCGGAUGGUGGACUCGCUCUUGUAUCUCUUCUCAGUCAGGUCCCUGUUGGAGGCCUCCAGCUCGACCAGCCUGCUCUGCAGCUGCUGGGUACUCUUCGUGUGGGCUCCCUCCAGCUCCCGGCGCAGCUGCUCGUUCUGCUGCUGCAGCCUGGUUUGUGUCUGCACAGAGCCAGAUGAGAAACAUCAAAAGAGAAAAACACUUAUUUGGGGGGGGGGGGGGGGAGAAAUCAUAUAUCAUAAAGAAACAAUGAAAUCGGAUGUUCUGGGUUCAUGUCAAUGCUUAAAUCAUAUCAGAAGACCAUUUCUUUUAGGUCUAGUAGAAAACACAUUUUAAUUUUUUGGUGUAAUUCCCCUUUAAUUGCGCAUCUGGCCCUUUAAUUGUGCUUCUAGCGAGUGAGGAAUGUGCUGUCUAAUGUGCAGUCUAGCAAUGGUUCUGUACCGCUGCUGCUCAUUUCAUGGCAAAGUUAGCAAAUAAAUAAUAGAUGCAAAUGAUAUACUUCUGCCAGGUAAACCUAUUUUGCAGUUAACAUUUAAUUGAGAAGGUUUUUGGGAAAAUGUUUCUGUCAACCCGCAAGACAGUUAUCACAUCAACUGGCCACACACACACACACACACACACACGCACCAUACAGACAAGACAGGGGAAAUAUUUCUGGAAAUGAAUUGGCAGAUAGUGUUAGGUUUGGCUUUUUAAGCGAAUAGUGGCUAACCAGGGGUGGGGAUAAUGUCAAUGUUGCGUUGAUUAGAUAGUAGCUGGGAGCUUGCGGUGUCUACUUGUGAGAUUUGUUUAUGACAGUUUGCUGUGGAACAUGUGAAAAUUGCAUGUACUUUCAGAAUUGUUUGGCGAGCUUCUCAGGUCGGCUGCGAGCUACUGGUAGCUCGCGAUCAACCUGUUGGAGACUGUCACGAGAAUUUCUAUCUCUUAAUUAAACUCAAGCUUGAAUAAUUCCCAGAGGUUGUAAUGCUCUGGUUUUAAUAAUGAAUUAAACAAGGUCCACAACCAGCAAGAAUAAUCUGUAUGUUUAUUCAUGAGAGCUCUGGCCCCAAAACACACACACAGCCUUUUAUAUCCCUUCACACAAAGGAACUUUGCUCCGCCCACCUUUAGGCGGCCUGUACAUUUCCACAGUCUAAGCCCCUCCUCUGUUAGUAGGUUUAUAAUGAUAACCCUAACACAGUCAUCAUCUGUAUUGGGGUGGAACAAUUUUAGUCAUUUACCAUAAUUCCUCUAUCAGAGACCCCUGUCAUAUAUCAAAUAGAGAAGAAAAAAAACAAUCAAGGUUUUAUGGCUUCUGAUAACUGGAAUAGCACUUAGACUAUUUGAGGCAGUUAACUAAACAUCAGACUUAUAAUAUGAGAUGUUAUUUGAUACCUCCAAGGCGUUCUCCCGCUCUGCAGUGAGGUCCUGAGAGUGGCGACUUGACAGAGCGCUUGUUUGGCUGGUCCACUCCGACCGCAGCUUGUCCAGCUCUCUGCUUUUCUCCGACAGAGUCUGUAAGACACGUUUAUAUGAAAGGUGACCGUUUUAUCGGGACCCACUUAAGACGUUACUUUUCAAGUGGUUAUCACACCUACAUUUAUUGAUGAAUCAAUCAAGAUCAACUACUGCUUUACCUGUUGCGUGUAGCUGAGCUGCCUGGAGAGAUCAUCUUCAGUCUUCUUCAGCCUCUGUUCCAACUGCUGCUUCUCCUCCUGACAGAUCAAAAUGGGGGGAUAACUUAAAAUACAAUGAAGUUUCUCAGACUUUAGUAUACUGCAGUCUGUCUGGCCUUAUGGAAUCGCCCACGGUUCUUCAUAGGUCUGCUAUCAACCAUUCCCAAGACUGAGGUCACUAAGACAACUAGGGGUGGUUUCCUGGACACAGAUGAAUCCUAGUCCUGGACUAAAACCAACCUCAAUGGAAAAACUCCAUCAAAAAUGUUUUUGUUUUUUUAUCCAGGACUAGGCUAAAUCUGUGUCCGGGAAACCACCCCCCUAGUGUUUCUGAGGUAGUUACGGGAGAUUCACUGACCUUCACACAGGAGAGACAAACCGCCAGGUACUUCUUGAUCUCCACGUCAGUCCCAUGUAGCAGCUUCAGAGACAGGUGAGUGAGGUGCUUGAACGCAUUGGUCUCCACAACAUUGAGGUGGGCAGGGCUGUGGUCUAAUACUGGGGAUGAUGGAGAUAACUGGAGCAGAAACCUAGGGAAAGGAGACGUCACAUGUCCAUGAUCUCACAGUCAGUGGAGACGUUCAACGAGCUUAGAGAGAAUGGUCUCCUCACCUUGGAUUCUCUUUGUCUUGCUCCGAGAUACACUGGUUUAGCAGGUCUAUAAACUUCUGAGGAAAGGACGCAAAGUCUACCAACAGGCCCUGUUGAACUUUCAAACUGUUGACAGAGAAGACGUAGGAUUAGUGUAUGCACAUUAUAGUGGGCACAAUGACUUUGAAUUGUAAGAUACCUUUGAAAAUCCUCCUCUGAUAUGGCAAGGUUGUACAGAAAAUAAGGAUCGGUGUCAUCUGUCAGUCUCACCAGCAGAUCCUAGAAUGCACAAAGUUGUGUUAGCUACAGUGGCUAUGUUACUAACUACUACCUUGAGGGAAGGACUGACAUUUGGGAAAAGCAGACCUGAUAGGGAAUCCUUUCAACAGGGGAAGUACAUCGUCAACUAAUUUCAAUUAAGCAGAAUCCAGUCGCUAAUGUUUGCAGGUAAGCCCUUGAAAACCAUUAAGGUCCAUGAACAGCCUAACCCAUGCAUGCCUCCCCAGAGAGCCACCCUUUUGCAACUUUCACUCCCAUUAAACACCCACUAUGUGGCUUUAAAGCUUCAUUGCUCAUUAGGACUGGUGCUUCUCCAUGGUGACAGGAAACUUUUGUUGUUGUUGAUUUCUGUACAGAGGAAGUCACCCCGCUAUGUAUGAUGAUAUUGUAUUGAUAAUUAUAUCUUUAAGUUGGGUAUUUAUGCAUGGCCACGGUAGUAAGCAAUGCAUUUCGAGAUCAAUGUACUGGUUUCUGAAACAUUGCUCAUUCACACUAUAGAAAGGAGGGAGGGUGAUGAUGGGAACAGAAUCCAGUCUUGCAAAACACCAACCAAGUAGUCAUGGUUGUGAGCGCAACUUACCCUUUUGUGGACUGGAUUAGUUGUCAAUUGAAGCUCAAUGCUGACUCUGAUAUUUCCUCUCCUGUAAUGUAAAGUUAGCAAGAAAGAUGCAUUCAAUGUAUUUUAGUCGUAGCAUACAACUCCAUUGAGAUAUUUGUUAUCAUCAAGCGCCAUCUGGCGAGGAGUGCCGAAGAUGACAUGUCAAAUAUAACUUAACGUUCCUGAACAUGCUAGCUAGCUAGCUAUGUAACGCGUCGUAACACAGCUUGCUGGGUAGUCUGUAGUUAGCUAAUCGCUACUGCCAAAACCCGACUAUAUCAAAUUGAUGAACUAUCUAUUUAGACCGCAAGUGUCGAUAUUGUUUGAUAUCUAGUUAACGUUAGUUACAGUAGCUAGCUAACAUUAAUGAUGGCUAGUUGGCUAGCUAUCAAUCGAACUUACCUUUCUUCGCAAUCUUUGCAUUUCACGUGCACUUGCAAUCGCUUGUUGAAAAGUGUUUCUGUCAUGAUUGUUUCAUACUCCAAAAAAUGUAGUGUCUAAAUUGCAAAUACCAAGGUUAGAUUUGUAUGGCUUUUGUUAAAAAAUAGGCACUUCAAUUUCGAGUUUGGCGCUUCUCUCCCGCGAAUGACCGUUGAGGAAGCGUCCACUUGAGAAAGGCGCGACGGAAGUAACGUCGAAAAAGAAUGUGCGCGUUCCUGACCGUCUAGAUUGCAAUUGAGUGAUGGAGCAACAUAAAGUGCUGUUUCACUUGUUGGUCGGUCUUACAGUCAAACUACUACAACACCAAAUUACCUACAAGCCACAGCAACUACUGGAUAUAAAUGUGUAAAACAUACUCAGUCCUAGAGUUGCUGCCUCGUGAAAUGUAGGCCACCUGGAACGCCUCCCAUUCUAUGGUGUGUAGUUUGAUGACGCAGUAACGAUACGAAGUUGGAAACAUGGAGCUUCCCCACGGCGGACGGCGUAUCUGCACCUCUGCCUGGAAGAUGUGCCUUUUACGUGGAAAAGAAAAACCGAUACUGCAAAAUGAUAGUUGGAAGUGGAAAAGCAUAUUGUGGGGAACAUGCUAACGCGGUAAGUAGAGCAGGACACUACCAAAGCAUUCCCAGCCAGGGCUAGCCCCAUAAACUUCCCCCUGACCGUGGAGGGUUGUUGUAGGCUAAGUUACUGUUAUGGCAACUGAAGAUAGCUGACUAAACUCCACAGUGAAUGGAGUUUCAGAUGAACUCUACCAACGGAGUGGUGCAGAGACCAGGCUUCGUGGAAUUAAUCUUGGACUACAUCGAUUCGGCAAUAAACUAACAAAAUAUGGAGGAAGUAUAUGCCGCGUUCACGUGCUAGUCGGAACCUCAAAUGUUCGACUUGCUAACUGAAUGAACGCAGCACGUGUAUAACUACAAACAAUUAGCAAAUCAGGAGUUUCCUAGUUUAGACUUUCACGUGAACCAGGCAAUAGACAAAAAAAAAAUGGAUAAAGCCAUCACCCCAUUGUUUCCUAUGAGAAUGCUCAGUGGCACAUUUGAUGAUCAGGAAGUGUCAUUUCAGCAUGUCACCGUCUUACAACAUGGAGGAGUUUUUGGAAACGUUGCAUGUACAGUUUGAACAACUCUAGGAAGUGAUGGUUCGAUUCCCACGGGGGGCCAGUAUAAAAAAUAAAUAAUGUAUGCACUAACUGUAAGUCGUUCUGGAUAAGAGCGUCUGCUAAAUGACGUAAAUGUAAUGUAAAUGAUGUUGCAGGCUAGCUUAGUGCUGCCACCUCUCAUGGAGUAUCUCAAGUUGAAGGCCGACCAAGGUACUGCAGGCUGCCAUUAGCAACAAAAUUAUCCUUAACAUUUUUUUUGUUUGUUUGUUUUUUUGGUAAUUUAGCAGACGCUCUUAUCCAGAGCGACUUACAGGAGCAAUUAGGGUUAAGUGCCUUGCUCAAGGGCACAUCGACAGAUUUUUCACCUAGUCGGCUCGGGGAUUAGAACCAGCGACCUUUCGGUUACUGGCACAACGCUCUUACCCACUAAGCUAACAUCGUCUGUAUAUGAUUAAAGUAAUCGGUUCAAAUACAUCUGGUGAAAUAGAAGCAAUUAUUGGUAACAUGAUUGUGUUCUAAUUUUAUAUAUCCACGAAUAUUGCUGACGAAGAUCGCCAUUUCCCAAUUCACUAAAAUUGGGGAAUCCGGUUUUGAGGAAACAAUGCCUGCAGUACCGCGGUCGGCCUUGAACGUGAAAUCCUCAAUGCGAGGGAGCAGUCAAUCCCCCCUGGAUUCGCCCAAGGUCAAUACAAAAAAAAAUGAAACACUUACCUCGUACCUAUGUUUGUCCUCUGUGGUUCCUUGGCUUUCUUUGUUUUCAGAAAUCCGUACCUUUUCAAUAAACGUUAAUCAAAUACUACCACGACUGUUUCCUUGUUGACAUUCAAUUGGCACAUGAGCAUGUGCGCUGAGUUGCCGUUUUAGAGAAACGGCAAUGAACAAACAGUCUGUGGUUGUAUUUGAUUAACGUUUAUUACAAAAGUAUGUAUUUCAGCAAACAAAGAAAGGCACGCAACUACAGAGGACAAACAUAGGUACAAGUUAAACGUUUCAUGUUUUUUUAAGUUUUGACCUUGGGCGAAUCGAUGUAGUCGUAGCUGAAUUCCAUAAAGCCUGGGCUCUGCUCCACUCCUUUGAUGUUGAUCAGACACUUCAUUCUCCGUGGAGUUUAGUCAGCUACUGUGGAGGUUGAUGUUUACAAUACGAGGAGCAGCUAACUCAUGAGAUGGGAACAGUAACCAGGCUUCCAUCCAACCUUUUUAUGCGAGUAAAGUACAUGUCUGCAAAAAAAUUAAAUAUGACCGGCCUGAUGGAAAUAUAACAUUUUUCAGUAAACUUUCCGAAUGUCGACAAAACAAUACGCUAAAUAAGGGGGAUCUUUUUGUGUUGGUAAAAUGAAUUAUGCGAGAAUUGUCGGAGGAAACGCUUUUAUUCGCAAAUAUUGAUAUAAUAACAUAUCGAAGUAAACUUGGAGUCACGUGAUGACAUGUUGUGUGGUCCUCCUACUACGACUCCUCAGGAAAGCAUGCAGUUUAUUAGGCUACAGAUGAAAUAAAUGAUGAUGAACUUCACAGGGGUGAAAGGUGAUGAGCUUGAUGCUCCUUUCCAAUAAAUAUCGAGGGUCUUAUUCUGGUGACAUAAUCAUCGAUGCUUGGCUUCCGUUUGACAAAUAAAAAUAAUCUUGCUAUUUUGUCCAUAAUCUCAUCAUGUAGGCUAAACCUGGGCUGUAGCCAACAGCGCGCUGUACUGUAUCUGCACGCUUUUGGCUAGAGCGCACAUGCUAAUACCAGAGAGGGCACACUCGCUAUAUAACACACAUUUUUUUUGUGAGAAAACCAUCAGUAGAGUUGAAAAUGCGAUGGAAACCCAUUUAACUUGUAUUUAUUAUUCGGUACAUGGACAUUUAACCGCAAAAUGUGUUUUUAUGUGCAUUACGUCAUCACGCAGAGCCUGAAAUGGAAACAUCUCAUGGUUUUAUGCUGAUUUUAGAAUAUUCACAUGAAAAUCUGUCGCCAUUUGGAUGUAAACCUAGUUAUAUAACCCUCACUAAGUUUCAUAUUGCAACUUCUCGGGUGUGCUUUGUUUAGGAAAAGGACUGUGAGAAAAAAAGAAUACCAUGUCCUCUGGAUCCAAAACAGUGAGUUUGCACUUGGCAGAGACAAAAUACAGAGUUUUAAUAAGGUGAAUGGUACAAUUUGAGGAGAACCUCUAAAUCUAUGAUUUCUUCUGUCUUUGUAGCACUGUAUUCGAAGAACUUUUAGCAAAACAUCUGAAGAAGUGCAACUCCAGAGAGAAACCCAAACCUGUAAGUUGUAUAUACACAAAAAUAUGGACACAACAUGUAAAGUGUUGGUCCCAUGUUUCAUGAGCUGAAAUAAAAGAUCCCAGAGAUUUUCCAAACGCACAAAAAGCUUAUUUCUCUCAGAUUUUGUGCACAAAUUUGUUUACAUCCCUGUUAGUGAACAUUUCUUCUUUGCCAAGAUAAUGCAUCCACCUGACAGGUGUGGCAUAUGAAGUAGCUGAUUAAACGGCAUGAUCAUUACACAGGUGCACCUUGUGCUGUGGACAAAAGGCCACUAAAAUGUUUAGUUUUGUCACACAACACAAUGUCACAGAUGUCUCAUGUUUUGAGGGAGAGUGCAGUUGGCAUGCUGACUGCAGGAAUGUCCUCCAGAGCUGUUGCCAGAUAAUUUGUUUAUUUCUCUACCAUAAGCUGCCUCCAACGUUGUUUUAGAGAAUUUGGCAGUAUGUCCAACCGGCCUCACAACCAUAGACCACGUGUAACCACACCAGCCCAGGACCUCCACAUCCGGCUUCUUCACCUGCGGGAUCGUCUGAGAUUAAUUUCUGCACAAACUGUCAGAAACCGUCUCAGGGAAGCUCAUCUGCGUGCUCGUCGUCCUCACCAGGGUCUUGACCUGACUCGAGUUCGACGUCGUAACCGACAUCAGUGGGCAAAUGCUCACCUUCGAUGGCCACUGGCACGCUCGAGAAGUGUUCUUAAUGGAUGAAUCUUGGUUUCAACUGUACCGGGCAGAUGGCAGACAGCGUGUAUGGCGUCAUGUGGGAGAGCAGUUUGCUAAUGUCAAUGUUGUAAACAGAGUGCCCCAUGGUGGCGGUGGGAUUAUGGUAUGGGCAGACAUAAGCUACGGACAACGAACACAAUUGCAAUUGAUUGAUGGCAAUUUGAAUGCACAGAUACCGUGACAAGAUCCUGAGGCUCAUUGUCGUGCCAUUCAUCUGCCACCAUCACCUCAUGUUUCAGCAUGAUAAUGCACGGCCCCAUGUCGCAAGAAUCUGUACACAAUUCCUGGAAGCUGAAAAUGUCCCAGUUCUUCCAUGGCCUGCAUACUCACCAGACAUGUCACCCAUUGAGCAUGUUUGGGAUGCUCUGGAUCGACGUGUACGACAGCGUGUUCCAGUUCCUGCCAAUAUCCAGCAACUUCACACAGCCAUUGAAGAGGAGUGGGACAACAUUCCACAGGCCACAAUCAACAGCCUGAUCAACUCUAUGCGAAGAAGAUGUGUCGCGCUGCAUGAGGCAAAUGUUGGUCACACCAGAUACUGACUGGUUUUCUGAUCCACGGCCCUACCUUUGUUAUUAAGGUAUCUGUGACCGAAAGAUGCGUAUCUGUAUUCCCAGUCAUAUGAAAUCCCUAGAUUAGGGCAUAUUUAAUUUAUUUCAAUUGAUUGAGUCCCUUAUAUGAACUGUAACUCAGUAAAAAAAUUGCAUGUUGCGUUUAUUUUUUCUUCAGUGUAAUUACGAGAAUAUAUACAGUGAGGGGAAAAAAGUAUUUGAUCCCCUGCUGAUUUUAUACGUUUGCCCACUGACAAAGAAAUGAUCAGUCUAUAAUUUGAAUGGUAUGUUUAUUUGAACAGUGAGAGACAGAAUAACAACAAAAAUAUCCAGAAAAACGCACGUAAAAAAUGUUAUAAAUUGAUUUGCAUUUUAAUGAGGGAAAUAAGUAUUUGACCCCCUCUCAAUCAGAAAGAUUUCUGGCUCCCAGGUGUCUUUUAUACAGGUAACGAGCUGAGAUUAGGAGCACACUCUUAAAGGGAGUGCUCCUAAUCUCAGCUUGUUACCUGUAUAAAAGACACCUGUCCACAGAAGCAAUCAAUCAAUCAGAUUCCAAACUCUCCACCAUGGCCAAGACCAAAGAGCUCUCCAAUGAUGUCAGGGACAAGAUUGUAUACCUACACAAGGCUGGAAUGGGCUACAAGACCAUCGCCAAGCAGCUUGGUGAGAAGGUGACAACAGUUGGUGCGAUUAUUCGCAAAUGGAAGAAACACAAAAGAACUGUCAAUCUCCCUCUGCCUGGGGCUCCAUGCAAGAUCUCACCUCGUGGAGUUGCAAUGAUCAUGAGAACGGUGCGGAAUCAGCCCAUAACUACACAGGAGGAUCUUGUCAAUGAUCUCAAGGCAGCUGGGACCAUAGUCACCAAGAAAACAAUUGGUAACACACUACGCCGUGAAGGACUGAAAUCCUGCAGCGCCUGUAAGGGUCCCCCUGCUCAAGAAAGCACAUAUACAUGCCCGUCUGAAGUUAGAGGAGAACUGGGUGAAAGUGUUGUGGUCAGAUGAGACCAAAAUUGAGCUCUUUGGCAUCAACUCAACUCGCCGUGUUUGGAGGAGGAGGAAUGUUGCCUAUGACCCCAAGAACACCAUCCCCACCGUCAAACAUGGAGGUGGAAACAUUAUGCUUUGGGGGUGUUUUUCUGCUAAGGGGACAGGACAACUUCACCGCAUCAAAGGGACGAUGGACGGGGCCAUGUACCCUCAAAUCUUGGGUGAGAUCCUCCUUCCCUCAGCCAGGGCAUUGAAAAUGGGUCGUGGAUGGGUAUUACAGCAUGACGACCCAAAACACACGGCCAAGGCAACAAAGGAGUGGCUCAAGAAGAAGCACAUUAAGGUCCUGGAGUGGCCUAGCCAGUCUCCAGACCUUAAUCCCAUAGAAAAUCUGUGGAGGGAGCUGAAGGCUAUUUCACCUUUAUUUAACCAGGUAAACCAGUUGAGAACAAGUUCUCAUUUACAACUGCGACCUGGCCAAGAUAAAGCAAAGCAGUGCGAUUAAAAACAACAACACAGAGUUACAUAUGGGGUAAAACAAAACAAAGUCAAAAAUACAACAGAAAUACAUAUAAUAUACAGUGUGCAAAUUUAGCAAGUUAUGGAGGUAAGGCAAUAAAAUAGGCUAUAGUGCAAAAUAAUUACAAUUUAGUAUUAACACUGGAAUGAUGUGCAAGAGAUGAUGUGCAAAUAGAGAUACUGGGGUACAAAUGAGCAAAAUAAAUAACAAUAUAGGGAUGAGGUAGUUGGGCGGGCUAAUUUCAGAUGGGCUGUGUACAGGUGCAGUGAUCGGUAAGGUACUCUGACAACUGAUGCUUAAAGUUAGUGAGGGAGAUAAGUGUCUCCAGCUUCAGAGAUUUUUGCAAUUUGUUCCAGUCAUUGGCAGCAGAGAACUGGAAGGAAUUGCGGCCAAAGGAGGUGUUGGCUUUGGGGAUGACCAGUGAGAUAUACCCGCUGGAGCGCAGACUACGGGUGGGUGUUGCUAUGGUGACCAAUGAGCUAAGAUAAGGCGGGGAUUUGCCUAGCAGUGAUUUAUAGAUGGCCUGGAGCCAGUGGGUUUGGCGACGAAUAUGUAGUGAGGACCAGCCAACAAGAGCGUACAGGUCACAGUGGUGGGUAUUAUAUGGGGCUUUGGAGACAAAACGGAUGGCACUGUGAUAGACAACAUCCAAUUUGCUGAGUAGAGUGUUGGAGGCUAUUUUGUAAAUGACAUCGCCGAAGUCAAGGAUCGGUAGGAUAGUCAGUUUUACGAGGGCAUGUUUGGCAGCAUGAGUGAAGGAGGCUUUGUUGCGAAAUAGGAAACCGAUUCUAGAUUUAACUUUGGAUUGGAGAUUCUUAAUGUGAGUCUGGAAGGAGAGUUUACAGUCUAACCAGACACCUAGAUAUUUGUAGUUGUCCACAUACUCUAGGUCAGACCCGUCUAGAGUAGUGAUUCUAGUCGGGUGGGCGGGUGCAAGCAGCGUUCGGUUGAAGAGCAUGCAUUUAGUUUUACUAGUGUUUAGGAGCAGUUGGAGGCUACUGAAGGAGUGUUGUAUGGAAUUGAAGCUCGUUUGGAGGUUUGUUAACACAGUGUCCAAUGAAGGGCCAGAUGUAUACAAAAUGGUGUCGUCUGCGUAGAGGUGGAUCUGAGAGUCACCAGCAGCAAGAGCGACGUCAUUGAUAUACACAGAGAAAAGAGUUGGCCCAAGAAUUGAACCCUGUGGCACCCCCAUAGAGACUGCCAUAGGUCCAGACAACAGGCCCUCCGAUUUGACACAUUGAACUCUAUCUGAGAAGUAGUUGGUGAACCAGGCGAGGCAGUCAUUUGAGAAACCAAGGCUAUUUAGUCUGCCAAUAAGAAUGCGGUGGUUGACAGAGUCGAAAGCCUUGGCCAGGUCAAUGAAAACGGCUGCACAGUACUGUCUAUUAUCGAUCGCGGUUAUAAUAUCAUUUAGGACCUUGAGCGUGGCUGAAGUGCACCCAUGACCAGCUCGGAAACCGGAUUGCAUAGCGGAGAAGGUACGGUGGGAUUCGAAAUGGUCGGUGAUCUGUUUGUUGACUUGGCUUUCAAAAACUUUUGAAAGGCAGGGCAGGAUGGCAAAGUUGACAAACAUCAGCCUCAACCUUAAUGACUUGGAGAAGAUCUGCAAAGAGGAGUGGAACAAAAUCCCUCUUGAGAUGUGUGCAAACCUGGUGGGCCAACUACAAGAAACAUCUGACCUCUGUGAUUGCCAACAAGGGUUUUGCCACCAAGUACUAAGUCAUGUUUUGCAGAGGGGUCAAAUAUUUAUUUCCCUCAUUAAAAUGCAAAUCAAUUUAUAACAUUUUUGACAUGCGUUUUUCUGGAUUUUCUUGUUGUUAUUCUGUCUCUCACUGUUCAAAUAAACCUACCAUUUAAAAUUAUAGACUGAUCAUUUCUUUGUCAUUGGGCAAACGUACAAAAUCAGCAGGGGAUCAAAUACUUUUGUCCCUCAAUGUACCCAGGUAUCUCAAAAUACAUAGGCCUAUAUGUCCCUGCUACUAUCAGCCUACAUUUAUUAACCUUUCUUUCUCCUAUGCAAAUGUAGGUGUUCUAUGUGCAAGAUAUUAAUGCUGGACCAUCCAUUGAUGAGGACACCCCCAACGAUGAGGUAAUGUCAGACGCAUACACAUUGACGUGAAAGUGAAUUCUCAACAUUUUGCUAGUGUUGGAAGCUUAGCUGAUUUCACCAUUCAUAGUCACUAAAGUGGAAGACCCUCUGCAACAUGAUUUACUAGAAACUGGGUGUAUGUCUAAUGAGCAGAACCUUAGAAAGAUGCUGACAUUACCUACAAUAGACACACCAUGAUUAAGGCCAUACUUACAUGAUUAACUUUUAUUAAGGUACCCUUAUCGGAUCGCAGUAAAGCAGAGCUGGACCUGCUCAUAGAAAAACUGAAGACUGGCGUCAAAGGUAAGCAAUACCUAACAUCAUUCAUUGCAUUCAUUGACAUGCUUAACAUGAUUAAUCCAACGUGGUGUUUUUAAUGUAUGAGCCCCCAAUGCUUCUGCAGGGUUCAAAUGCAAACAUGAAGAAAGAAUACAAUCUCACCCUGCUCUUCAUGAAGCUUUGAAUGAUCCAAAGAAUGGGGACUCUGCGUUCAAACACCUGAAGCAACAGGUACUUUAAUUUGAACUCGCAUGAUUUGAAUUGAGUUAUAUUCAUUAUCUUUUGAUAUAAAUGAAUUUAUGAUUUGCCUGUUUUAAAAGGCGUCCCUUUUAGGAAACAUGGAGGAUUUGCACUUGCUUGGACCUAACCGGUGUUUUGUUGAGUUUGGUGCAGGGAAAGGCAAGCUUUCCCACUGGAUCCAUGUCGCUCUGAAAGCCUAUGACGACAUCCAUUUCCUGCUUGUGGAAAGAUCAAGCACUCGUUUUAAAGUAUGACACCACCUGUUAGGCUAUGUUUUAUCUUUCAAACCAUUUAUACAUAAAGUGAUUUAUUUGGCUGUGUACACAUCUUCACUGUUAGGUAAUUGUCCCCCCAAUUCAUUAUCUAAUUCAGGUAGAUGGCAAACACCAAAAUGCUGAUACAAAAUUUGAAAGACUACAAGUGGAUAUUCAGCACCUUGAUUUGCGUAAGUAACUAAAUUAAAUGCCAAAUUUCAUUUCAAUAAUACUUAUUCAUAUAAAACAGUCAAUCAGUUAUCAUAUAAGAUGUCAUCACAUAUAGGCACCAUACCCUGUAAGUGUUUUCUGGAGGUGAAGUGGAUUGUACUUUUCAACACAGUGAAAGAGAUGUCACGCCCUCUAAAAAUCAACGCAAUGAGAUCACCCUUCAAACAUAAGUGGGCAAUGACAAAUAGCCUGGGAAGCACACUUAUAUAUUAUGAAGAUUAGAAAGAUUUUUACAGCUAAGUGCAGAGUUGAUUUAAGAAUUGAACAAAGCAUUAGCAGGCACGAUGAGUUGAGCUUUUCUGAAACCUUUUCCUGUUAUUUGCAUUUUAGGUAAAGUUCCUCUCCUCCAAGAAAAGGGACUUCCAGUGGUUGGAGUGGGCAAACACUUGUGUGGCGCAGCAACUGGUAAGACCAGGCACUACAUCUCUGAGUACUAGGGCUCACCUGGGGGGAAAGAUCUUGUUCUUGAAUCUUGAAUGGUGUUGAAUUUUGAAAGGCAGCAUAGAAGUGGUUCCAAAUAGAAUAGUAAUUGAUUAAUGCAUCUUUGAUUCACUCCUUGCUCACUAACCUCCACCGCUCUAAAUAGACCUUGCUCUUCAAUGCCUACUGGGCAGCUCGGAGACUGCGCCCCAUGGGAUCGAAGGUCAGCCGCCCAGCAAGCGCUCAAAGCUCCAGCAGCAGCCUGGAGAGUCUACAGGAACGGAGCUAGAGCCCAUUCCCAGGGCAGCAGGGGAGACUGCUGCCGGCAGGGAGCUGAGGGUGGGUGGGGUGGCCAUCGCCUUGUGCUGCCACCACCGCUGUGACUGGAGGCAUUAUGUAGGCAAGGAGUUCUUCAAGGAGAGAGGACUAGGUGCCUCUGAGUUCGCUGCCUUCCUGCGCAUGUCAAGUUGGGCAACCUGUGGCUUGCGACAAGCCAGACAGACCUCCCCACCACAAGGUCAAACUGACCAAACGUUUGAGGAAGAGGAGCACGAGGCGACAGAAGAGGCUGAACUAGACAGCUUGAAAGGGUGAGUAUUGGGGUUGACCUUUAGAGACAUAAAUUGCAUCCAUGUCGCUUAGUCACUGUAACAUAGACUGUGAAGACCUGUCGUCACAUUAUUGUGUCCGUCAUAAACCUUAAUUGAUUAAUCUUUUUUUCCUGUACUAUUAGAGUGUUGAAUGCUGAGGACCGUGAACACAUAGGACGCCUGUGCAAGCUGCUGAUUGACCAGGGCAGGGUUCACUUCCUGCAGCAGAAGGGAUUUGACUCCCGCUUACUCUACUACACCAGCACAGACGUUUCUCUAGAAAACGUGUUGCUAACUGCACUUCCCGCCUCA